UCACCAGCCUCGCCGGUACGCGGGUUUGUGUUUUAUUACGCGCUCUUACGUUUCUCCAGUAGUUUUUUUUCGUGAAGAAAUCGCGCUCGCUCUCUCACUUCUUUCCCUCUCUCUCUCUCUCUCUCUCCCUCGCGCCACGUCGAUCCGUCGCGAACGGUCGGCGAUAGUUCGCUCGCUCCGCUGUGCUCUCUGCCUGCCAUUUCCGACGCGAAUCCGCGCUGUCGUCAUCGUCGGUUUCCCACGAACGCAGACGCAGUCGGUGGAUGUCAACGGCUUGAUAUACGUCGCGCACAAGUACCUUCCGCAGCUCCCGCGAGGAACCGACUCCAGUUCCGAGGCGAUAGAGUGCGAGGAAUAAAUUGAAGAGGAAGUGUGAAGAAUAUAAGAAGACAUUAGAGAAAGAAAGAGAGAAAGAGAGAGAAAGAAAGAUGGCCAAGAAAACUCAGAUGGUAACAAUGUGUCGUCUAAAAUACUAAAAGAUUACUAUUUAUUAUUGAAAUUAAAAUGUUAGAUUCUGAGAGAAAUUGAUUUUCGAGAAUAUUUAAUAACAAUGGCGGAAAAUAUUAUAGAUGAAAAUACUAAUAAAUUAAUGGAAAACAACAUGUCAGAAAUUUCUAUAGCAGACGAUGGAAUAGUUCCCUCUGACAAGGGAAAUCAUGAACAAAUGAUCGUCGAUGAACGAUCUACUCCUACAGAAGCUUUAGACAUUGAUAUUGAAAAGGAGAAAAUCGAAGAUACAGAUUUAUGCAGUUCCGAACAGCAACCACAUACUUCUAAAACCGAUUGUAAUGGGGAUUUGAUGGAAGAAACUAAUCCCGAAAAAAUCGAAUCCGAAACUAAAUCUGAGACUAAUAAACCUUCCGAGACUAACCAAUCUGAAACCAAAGAGAGCAGUAUUGAUGAAUCUAGUUCUGCAGGAGCAAAAGUUGACGACACGCUUUACGCUACCACUCUACAGAGUAGUCUAAAUGAAAUUAUAAAAGUUGUUCAUGGAGAUUUAGCGAUGGAGAUACUCCGAUGCGCUAAUGAAACAACUGAAGAAGACAAUGACGAAGAGAAUAAAGAAAAAGAUCAACCAACGGUAAGGAAGGAGGAUGACGUUUCGAAAGAUGAUAUAACUGAUAGUGUGAAGGAAUGUACUUCCCUGGCUGCAGAGGACAAAAAUGACUCAAGAGGGUCCUUGGAUAAAACGGAAGAGAAAUCAGAUAUUGGAAUUGUUCAUUCUCCGACUGCGUUUGGCGAGCUUAUUGAGCAACAGCUUGCUAGCGAUUCUGCGUUAUCGACUGAUCGCGCGGAUCACAUAGUAGAAUGGGUAAAAAAUUCGGUGGCAAACGUUAAUAAAGAAGAUAACAUUGUCGAAGAAAGUAAAUUCAACAUAUAUGAAAAAAUCACGACGAACGAAGCAGAGAAACGAAAGAUGACUAGCAUCACCCCACCUUUCAUAUCGCCCAAAAAAUCAUUGAAGAUUGUUAGCAAUAUUAUAAAGAAGAGUAUUAAAUGCUUAAACAAGAUGCAUGCGAUGGAGGGUGCGACCGAGAGCAAGCGAAAGGUGGAUACCGCAGAGAACAACAAGGCAACCAGAUCGUCGCCGUCACCGAAAGUACCUCAGAGUCAGCAAAACGGCGCCGCUCUUCCGGAGGAAACAGCGGCGGCACCGACGGCAUCGGUGGGUCGCCCACGCAAGAAGAAAGAUGAGUCGCGUUGCGACGCCGAGACUUCGAACACUUCGAAGGGCAGACAACUGCUUGCGAGUACGUCGCGACGAAGUGCGACGACUCCGAGUGAUGUUGUGCAACCACGUCAUGUUAAAGCAAGGUCUGAGCCGAUUGAGAUUAGAAAACGGAAGUCCACUCUGCAGGUCUCACCGGGAAAUCCUCCCAAGAAGUUUUGCGACAACUACACACGAGAAGAAUACAUUUCGAGUAUUGUAGGCGAUAACAACGAAAGCAUCGAAGACCUUGUGGCGAAAGCCGAUCAAUUACGAGCCGAUAUUUUGACACUUGAAAACUUAGCACAUGCCAAAGAAAUGGAAUGGAAUGAAAUUCUGAGGAAGAGGAAACUGAAAGAGGAGGCAUACCUGAGGCUCGAAAGGAAGAUACAAACGACAGCCUACAUGGAAAAUGAUAAUCAGUUGUCGGAAACUUUACAGCAACGAUCGUUUAUGAGUUCGGCUGAAUGGGAGAAUAACGGCAGCAAUUCCAUAUCGAAGGAGAGAUCUUUCGAAUCUAAAGAGGAUCUAGGUGAGAGAUCUUCGGAUUCAUCAGGUUCGAAGAAAGAGAAAACCCCAAAAGCUAGUUCGCAACAACGAGUGACUCCUCCGAAAACCAAUGGCGAGAGCAAUCGUGAACAGAAUGAAGUGUCGAGUCCGGAAAGUCGGCAGAUCGGAGAAGGCCGUCAAGGUGCAAUAGUGGAUGUCAGAUCCAUUAUUGCCGAUCACAGGCUUAAGCAUCCAGAAACCGUACCAAGGAGAGGUCGACGAUUGAGAAAUUCGAACGUAAAUAUCAAUCUCGGUGCUGGCGGUGCCAUGGUUGAAACUGGACACAAUGCUGACUCAAGACCGUCUAGCACAGAAUCGUGCAAGAGCAACCCAAGCACGAACGAUACCAUGAACUAUAAAGACAUGCUAGUACAAUUUGCUAAGCUAAGUCAACAAGGUGAACCCGUCAAGGUACCGCAGAAUUAUCCAGAUGUGACGCUUCAUCCUGUGACACCUCCGUCUGCCCAGAAUACAUCUCAACCAACCGGCUCGUUGCUCCACGGAAUUCUAACGAAAGCUCAAACGCCGAGAUCCACGACUUUUUCACCUACUUUAGCAAGAUUACUCACUGCGCCUGAAAGAGAAAGGAAUUCUCCGGCGGCCACAGCAGCGGCGGUAGCGGUAGCGGCAACGUCAGCGUCUAUGUCGCAGCCAAGCGCCACAACUCAACACCUUUUGCAGACAUACCAAGGCUCUAAUAUGGUUUCUAUAAAUGAUCUCUUGUCUUCUUCCAAGGCUCGUACAGAGAUAACUAUAACCCCUGUCGUUAACACUCCCGCGCAAUCUCAUUCCAAUGAUUUAAUUCAAGUGGAGGAUGUAGAGGAUGAAACAACAGUAAUUGAUGAUAGGAAAGGAAACUCAGUAAUUGGAAGAGAUGGUAAACAAAUAGUGAAGGACAAUCCACCUUCACCAAACGCCCCACCAAAAUGUCAGGGAUGCAUAAUUCGACCCGCACAGUUUGUUUGCGCCGGAUGUGGAAAUCAGUGGUAUUGUAGUCGUUCAUGUCAGGUACAUGUCAUGUCAAGUGCACACUUGCUGCAUGGGCAACACACUCCGAUCAUUGUCCGCCAGAACCCGAGAGUAGCAAAACAAAGACCAACGUUUAACUCCCGAGAUCUCUGCAUGCCCGAUGUAUACAAUGAUAUCAGGCGAGAGAUAUCAGCAUAACUGAGUAUAAAUCUAGUCAAGGAAGGAGGUUUAAGGAUAUAAUUCAUAUUGAUCGACAAAUGAGAUGAAGAGAGAAUCGAAAAGGGAUUAUCGUAUUGAUUUAAUAUCGGAAUGAUCCUUGUUGAAGCAAAUAGAUGAUGUCGUCCUCUUUAUCACAAGCAUUUACUGAUCUCCCAUCUUAAAGGAGGUUUCACGCUAUCACGUUCUGUUUUCUUCAGAACGAAUUCGUGAAUUUUCUUGCACUUUACUCGAGCUUUAGAUGAAGAAAAUCGCUCUUCUUUCGAUGACGAAAAUUAACGGGAUAAUCGAUGCCAUUGGUUAACGAGCCUCGUGUGUUAUGUAUAAUUCAUUUUCUUUUAGACUUUAUUACAUACGCUAGUCGAAAAAUUUUGAAUGCUCAAAAAAUGAGCAAGAAAGAGAAUAAGUAAUUCCGUGGCGCUGAGAGUGGAGCACAAUACUAAGUAAUGCGAUGCUGUAUAUAAUUUUAUACAAUUUAAGAGUUAUUCAGCGUCGGAUUUUAGAAUGUCGAUUAAUCGCGUGCCAUGUGUAAGAUUGGGGGCGGAUUGGCCAUCAGCCCUCUGAAAGAUAUCAAGAGAUACUUUCUGCUUACUCUUUUUAUUUAUUAGAAAUUAUUUUACAGAAAAAUUGUAGAAAUUGUGAAUUUAA